UUUCAUAACAGCUCGGAAAAAAAUGCAAGGCGGUGUGCGCGUGCCCGCUUGAAUCGCAAUUUUUAACUUGUGUGCAUUGUUCACUGCAGCUAAGCGCAAAGCCUUAAUAGGAGAAGAAAAAUGGAUUGGGUGCUUUUACUGUCCAGACUUUGUAUCGGUGUUACGAUUGCAAGCAAUGGAGGAGGAAUACCAGUUUUUGUUGAUAUCGUCCGUAAGGGAACUACUCAUUCCGUGCCUUUCCUGCCGUUUUUGGCUGGCUUUGUCAGUAACACAGCCUGCCUGGCCUAUGCAAUGUUGAGGGCUGACAGUGUUCUACAGAUAGUCAGCAGUGUCGGAAUGACAAUGAGUACUAUUUAUGUCACUUUAUUUCUCUUCUUCAGUAGCAAAAAGAGUACUACCUUUCGGCAGCUUAUGUUGUCUGGUGUCGGUAUCCUCUCUGUAUAUGUCUACCUGACUCGCAUCAUUCGUGAGCCCUCGGCUGUCGAGAUCCAGCUAGGCUUGCUGAUAGGUUUCCUUAUAACAGGCAUGAACAUGGCUCCAAUCGCAGAUAUUGGUAACAUCCUCAAGAAGCAAUCCAGUGAUGGUCUGUCAUUGUCCAUGGCCCUUGCGAUCUUUGUCACCUCGGUCCUCUGGGUGCUGUAUGGAAUCGCCGUCGACGACUUAGUGCUUUCACUGCCCAGCAUAUCGGGUGUUCUGUCCGGCUCAGUCCAGUUCUAUCUGUUGUGGAGUUACCCAGCAAAGGGCAAGGCCGUCAAGUCAGAGUAGACAUGAAACUCCCUGGCAGUGUCAACUUGAUUCAACCUCAGACCACUAUGAUUUUAGAUGUUGAAAUUGGAAGAGUU